AUGGCUGAAAUGCCUUUCAGAUCAUCUGAUUGCUCUCUCGAUCCACGCAUUGCUUCUACCUCGUGUCCAUUUGAAGUUGCUCCAUCUCGGACAUCCAACUUUCCUGAUUCUUAUUUUAGUUGCCUGCCAGUCCAGGACAACAAUUCUACACAGGUUGCCGGGCUUGACUUUGCGAAUUCUAGUCUUCCAGCCUCAGGAAUCUCUGCUCAGGCUGACUUUGCAUGCCUUUCUGUCCCUAGUUCAAACUCUGAAACCAGCUGUAGUUCUUCUUUGAUCCCCUCCCUGCUCCGUUCUCCUUCUCUCGACGACCCUAUUCACUGUUCAUCUUCAUCUCCUACAUUACCUUUAGCAAAAGUCAUGACUCCAGCCAAUUCGGCGAUUAAUUCAGACGGCUGGCACUCUAUGCACGAUCACGACCUGGCAAUUUCCAAUAUUGCCCCAACUUCCAUUUCCUCCCCGUUGGCCUGGUCUGUUUCCGAGAGGCAACUACAGCCCUGGCUGCAACACUCUGACUCCGCUAGUCUAAUGCCUAUUUUAAGGGUUUGUGUUGACUGUCAAGCUACUAUAACUCCAGUAAAUGAACUAAUAAACGCUAAGGAACCUACUUCAGCAGUCCUACUGAAAUACGCACCUCAUUCUGAUGGAAAACUGCUGUGUUCUCUUCCUGGCCAGUCGAAUUCCACGCCCACCUCACCUCAUUCAUUAUCGCAAGUUUGUUGUACUAGGUUCUUGCAACCUGUUCUCUCACAGCCUGCAAGUUCGAUUUAG